UUCAGGCUUCAGAUUUGAGGUUUGACAUCAGCAUAAGUAAGGACGAGACACGACUUCGACGUCGACGAACUAUUUCGGCUUAGCCCAAUUUACAAAGUGAUUUCGAUUCACAUGAUAAAAAUUGCUAAUUACUCUGAAAUUAAACAUUAUUUACCAGUGAUCAUUACUUAAAAGUUUCUUCUGCUACGAUGGGUAAAGCUAAAAAAGGCAAGAAGAGUCAGACAGCCGAGGAUGGUGAUAGUGAUAUAGAAACCACUACGAUUGAGAACACAAAACCAGCACAAACCAAGGGCAAAAAAGUUUCUGCUAUCACAGCUAUAGCAUCAGAUGAAAGUGAAGACGAGAAACCCAAAUUAAAGACUAAACAAAAGAAGUCAGUUGAUACUGAUGUAAAGGAAGUCACAAAGAAUAUUAAAAAUAUAUCAAUAUCAAAUAAGUCUCAGAAGAAAAAAGUAGAUGCCAGUAGUGAUGAUGAAUCUGAAGAUGAGAAUGUCAAGACGAAAAAAAAUAAAACAAAAGAGGAAAAGAGUGCUUUCUCUUUAUUAGAAAUUGAAGAUUCUGGAGAAUCUGCACCUGAGGAACAACCAUCUUCGGAUGAUGAAAAACCUGCACAAAAAUCUGCCAAAAAACCUACACAAGACAAAAAGGAACCAGCAGGAAAGAAAGGCAAAAAGGCUAGAAGGAAAAAGGAUGACAGUGAUGAUGAUUUAGAAAAGGUUCUAGCCGAACUUGAAAUGGAAUAUGCUGGAGUCAAAAAAGAUCCUGCUGCUGAGCCAGAACCUACAAAGCCUCAAGACCAACCAGAAGAGAAACCAAAAGCAAAGAAAAAAACCAAGAAAGAGGUAGAACCUGAAGUAGAAAACAAUGUUCAAGAAAAGGGAAGUGAUAAUGAAAAUGAUAUAACUAUUAAAACAGCAGCUCAAAAGAAAAAAGAGAAGAAAGAAAGAGAGAAACUUAAAAAACAGGAAGCCAAAAAGAAGGAACAACCACAAGAUGGGAAAAAGGAACCAACUGAAUUAAAGCCACAAAGUAAACCUGAAAAUGUUGAGAUGAAAGAUCAAGAUGAAAAGGAUACUAAAGCUCCAUCUGAAGAAAAGGAUGCUGAAGGUGAUGUUCCUGUUGAAGGAAAGAAAAAGAAAAAAGGCGACAAAGGGGACAAAGAUGACAAAGGUAAAAAAGGUCCUACCAAAAAGACUAUUGCUGCCAUGCAGGAAGCUUUGAAAAAGGUUAAAGAGGAGGAAGAAAGAUUAGAACGAGAAGAGGAAGAAAGAAUAAGACAAGAGGAAGAGAGAGAGAAACAGAGACUUGAAGCUAUUAGAUUAGAAAAAGAAAAAAAAGAAAGGAAAAAGCAAAAAGAAAAGGAGAGAAAAGAAAGACUCAAAGCUGAAGGUAAAUUAUUAACACCUAAGCAAAAAGCUGAAAAGGCAAGAGCUCAAGCAAUGUUAGAAUCUUUAAAAGCUCAAGGAAUAGAAAUUGGCACUGAGAAAAGACCACUGAGACCUGGUACUAGGGUAAAGCCAAAUAAAUUAAAAACACAAAUGUCACAAGAAACAGCAUCAACUCCUAUAGAAGAAAAGAAUGUAGAAAUUGAAAUUACUGAUAAGCAGGAGCCCACCAAGCCCGAGGAGAAGAAGGAGUCGGACAGUGAGUCUGUCAAGGAUGCUUGGGAUGCCGAGUCUUCUGAAGAUGAGGAGUCUACUAAGCCAGAGCCUGCGCCGGUUGUUGACAACAAAAAGCCACCACCUGAAGAAAACCCUAAAGAGCAAGAAGAGGAUAGUUCUGAAGAGGAUGGCAGUUCAGAUGAUGAUUCCAGCUCUGAAGAGGAGUCUGAAGAUGAACAAAUGACAGAUGCAGAGAAAAAGAGAGAGAUUGUUUUGAAGAGAUUAGAGAAACGUCGCGAAGAUAACGAAAAGAACAAAGCUAACAAUCCCCUGCGUGCUUCCGUCGUUUGCGUCCUCGGACACGUAGAUACGGGAAAAACAAAAAUUUUGGACAAGUUACGGCGAACCAACGUACAAGAUGGUGAAGCUGGUGGAAUUACGCAGCAGAUUGGUGCUACUAAUGUGCCCAUCGAAAAUAUUAAAGAACAGACCAGGCAUGUCAAAGGGGUGAAUGAAAUAGCAUUCAAGUUGCCAGGUCUCCUCAUUAUUGACACACCUGGUCACGAAUCCUUCAGUAAUUUAAGAAACAGAGGUUCGUCACUCUGUGAUAUCGCCAUUCUGGUAGUCGACAUUAUGCACGGCUUGGAGCCACAGACAAUAGAAUCGAUAAAUCUUCUAAAACAGAAGAAGACGCCAUUUUUAGUCGCCUUGAAUAAAAUAGAUCGAUUGUACGAUUGGCAGAGUGCUCAACGUAAAGAUAUUCGUGAUAUUCUGAAGAUGCAGCAACCGAACACACAACUAGAGUUUGAGAAGCGCUCGAAAGAUGUUAUACUACAGUUUGCUGAACAGGGUCUAAACGCAGCAUUAUUCUACGAGAACCCAGACCCUCGUACUUACGUCUCCUUGGUGCCCACAUCAGCGGUGACUGGUGAAGGGAUGGGUAACCUUCUAGCGAUGAUAGUUCAGGCCUGCGAGGGACCCUUACAUAAGAGGCUGGUCUUCUCUCAGCAGUUGCUUGCUAUUGUCUUAGAGGUAAAAGCUAUCCCCGGAUUGGGUACAACGAUAGAUACAAUUCUAAUCAAUGGAACUCUACGUGAGGGAGAUACGGCGGUUUUGGCGGGAACAGAAGGACCCAUUGUCACGCAAAUAAGGUCACUAUUGAUGCCUCAGCCUAUGAAGGAGUUGCGUGUCAAGAACGCUUACAUUGAGCACAAAGAAGUGACGGGGGCUCAAGGAGUGAAGAUAGCAGCGAAAGAAUUGGAAAAAGCAAUUGCUGGUUUGAAUCUACUUGUUGCUCAGAAACCAGAUGAAAUAGACGUUUUAAAGGAAGAAGUGGCGAAGGAGUUGAAGACAGCUCUGUCGUCCAUUAAACUAUCAGAGCGCGGUGUGUACGUGCAAGCAUCUACUCUGGGAUCCCUCGAGGCGUUGCUCGAGUUCCUUAGGACCAGCAAGAUUCCCUACUCAGCUAUUAGGAUAGGUCCGGUGGUGAAGCGGGACGUAAUGAAGGCGUCCGCCAUGUUGGAACACGACUCGCAGUUCGCUACUAUAUUGGCUUUUGAUGUUAAGAUCGAAAGAGAUGCGCAAGAGUUGGCAGAUCAGCUCGGCGUGAAGAUAUUCGCUGCUGAUAUUAUUUACCAUUUGUUUGACAAAUUCACUGCCUAUAGAGAAGAACUUAAGCAGAGGAAACGGGAAGAAUUUAAGCAUAUAGCUGUCUUCCCGUGCAAACUGAAGGUGUUACCACAAUUCGUGUUCAAUUCCCGUGACCCGAUCGUUGCUGGAAUAAUGGUGGAAGCUGGAAUUUUGAAGGAGGGAACACCGAUUUGUGUGCCCAGUAAAGAGUUCGUGGAGCUUGGAUUUGUGACAUCUAUCGAAGUGAAUCACAAACAAGUGGAAACGGCACGAAAGGGCCAAGAAGUUUGCAUCAAGAUAGAGCCGAUACCCGGGGAAUCCCCUAAGAUGUUCGGCAGACAUUUUGAUGAAACUGACAUGCUUGUUAGCAAGAUAUCCCGAGCCAGUAUUGACGCAUGUAAAGACUAUUUCCGCGAUGACCUUAUCAAAACUGAUUGGCAGCUGAUGGUAGAAUUGAAAAAACUGUUCGCGAUCCUAUAAAUCCUUGAGGAGAUGAAGAAUCCAUAAGUUCGCAAAUAUGCCGGCUUAGUAUGCAUAACAAAGAAUUUAUUAUAAUAUUAACAGCAUAGGGUGAUUACGAAAUGAAACAACCACUAGUAGUCGAAAAAGUGAUUCAUGUUGUGUUACAUAAUAUUCAGCAUGCCAGUCAAUGAUGUUCAGAAUUUUAAUUGGCGUUCAGUGGUCGCUGAUUAAUUUUUAUAGUGUAAAAAGUUGCCCCCAACUAUUUCGUGGUGUCAUUAGGUGUACUAAAUCUGAUGAUUUACUAACCAAAGGCUAAUAACGCUUUAAUCGUAUCUUAAUUGUAGCUAAUAACCGUGUGCCCAUUUGUUUAGGUGCCACAGACAGAAGUCAAACUUAAACCCUUAUUUUUUUGGUGUUUAAGAGGAAACGUACGGUUGCUUUCGUAAUUAUUCUAAUGUAAAGUUUUAGUAUAAUUCGAAAUAUGUAAUCUAUGCCGGUAGAUUGCAAAUGAUGAUUCGCCUUUCUUAGCUCUCAUAUAAGCAAUGUUAUUGGUGCGAAAAUUGUAAUAAAUCACUAGUAGGCCUUGUCUAUUCCAUCUAAGCCCAUAAAAUAGAAUCUCAUAGUAAACCAGUUUUUCACCUACCUUCCCACUGUUUUAACUGCCGAAUAUAGGCCUAAUGAGUAAUCUAUUAUUUACCUAUCAUCCGAUUAAUAAAUGUCUAAUACUUUUUUGCCAAUAAAACUUAUAUCUGGACGGAACGGAUGAUAUUAUUGAAAUUGUUUGUUCUGGUCUAGUAAGGCCGUGUACAUCAUUGUAAAUACUCCAUUAGUAUUUAUUGUGGCGUAACCUUGUGUAUCUUAAAUGAACGAAGACCCUCGGCAACAUCAUGUAUAUAAUUUUAUAAUUUGUAAAUAAAUAUAUACAGAAUGCUAAAAUGCUUUUAUAACUUCCUAUACUUUCGGUUGUAUUACUAGUAUAUACUUUUGUUACCGAAUAGACAGGAAAUGGUCCUUCGAAGCCAGAAUAAUAAAAUCAGUCUAACAAUAAAAUUGGAAAGUUGAAUAUUGUCAUCCUAAUGAGUGAAAUUAUAAUUUGGUAGGUUACUUUUCCUUGAGAUGAUUUUUAUGUAAAUAAACUUUAAAUGUUGUAUGGUCGAAAUCUUUCGUAGUCCGAUGAAGAUACAAAAGGUUAUUGUUUAUCUUUCACCAUUUUACAUGCUUUGUAUUAUAUAAGUAGAUGGAAUCGGACAUAUUCUUAUAUUGAUGAAAUUUUAUUAAAUUAUGAAACUUA